AUGGUAAUCGAAAAGGAGAUAUACGAAGAAGAACUUGAUAAGUCAGCUGUACUACACGAGCUGGCGAAGACACCACCAGAUCCUGAAAAUGGUUCUACGGAAAAAACGCCAGAUAAGAAGGAAGACGCUUACAAUGAAAAAGGACUGACGGAGGCAGAAAAAGCAAAUUUUGUGCUGGAAGAUGAAAGCGAAGAAUCCGAGUCGAAUCAUAUGAUUCGUGAUGGUCAUGAUGUGAGCCAAUAUCUGUUACCCAUCCGAGAUGAUGGAGACCCUUGUCUCACUUUUCGCUCUUUGUCGUUGGGCCUUGUCCUUGGCGCAUUUCAAGCUACCAUGUCGCAAAUCUAUAUGUUCAAACCUACGCAAGUAGGUAUUGGUGGUUCAUUUUUGGUUUUGAUCAUCUAUUUUAUCGGAAAGGCUUGGGCUAGGUUUUUACCAUCAGGUCCUGGUUUACGUGCGCGAUGGGGAGAUAUGCCUAGCUCGAGCAUUAAAGCUUGGAUGUUGAUUUUAUUCGAUUUCAUCAAUCCUGGACCGUUCGGAUUGAAAGAGCAUGCAAUCGCUUCAAUCACAGCAACAUCGGCAAGUAAUUCAUUAGAUUCCAUUACACCUUUCACGGCUCAAAAGUUGUUUUACGAUGUUCCACUGACAGCGACAAAUGUGACAUUAACAACGCUGUCGAUCGGAAUGUACGGGUAUGGAUUGGCAGGCUUGUUGCGUCCUUUGCUCUUGUAUCCGAGUAGUAUGGUCUAUUGGCCAAAUAUUCCUCUGGUACAGUUAUUCCAGCGCUUACACUGGGAUCAGUUAGCAGACUCAAGGCCUUUGAGAUGGUUCUGGUAUGCUUUUGCAUUCAUGACCGUUUAUGAAUUCUUCCCUGCUUAUAUCGCUCCUAUUCUUGUGGCUAUCUCUAUUCCCUGUCUAGCAGCUCACAAUGCGCCACAGUCCAGACGUCAAUUGAUCACAAACUUAUUUGGCGGCUCUCAAUCAAAUGAAGGCUUAGGCAUUUUUAGUCUUUGCUUUGAUUGGCAAUAUAUUGGCUCAGGCGUGACCAGUUUACCGUUGAUUUGGCAAGUGAAUACUUGGAUUGGUUUAUUCUUUUGUUAUUUUGCCUUUAUCGGGGUAUACUACGGGGGUGCAUUUGGCGCAAAAGACUUACCGUUUAUGUCCCUAAGUUUAUGGACGCAAGAGGGUACGAAAUAUCCAAGAGAUCAAUUAUUUGCCAAUGGCUUACUCAAUCAAACAGCUUUGGUCGAACAUGGCAUACCGAGGAUAACGGCAACUUUUGCUUGGGGUCAAAUCAUGGCAAUGGCAGCCGUUGGUGCUCUGAUGGCACAAACAGUCUUCUUUUGGGGACCGAAAAUUGUUCAAAGUAUUCGUGAAGCACGAACCAAAAAAUUUACUUGUCGUCAUCAACAAAUUAUGAUUGAACGAUACGAUGAAGUACAUUGGGUAUGGUAUGCAGGUCUUGCAAUCAUCUCCGUGAUAUUUGGUUUGAUAGGCAAUCUACGUGGUGAUACAACAUUGCCUGCUGGAUCAUUCUUUUUCGCUUUAGCCCUUGGCAGCUUCAUUGCACCUUUAAGCGGAAUGUUGUAUGCUCAAUUCGGUAGUGGAGUGAACACGCAACCAAUCAUGAAAAUGAUCGCGGGUGUCUCGCUUCGUGGAAAGCCAUUAGCGAUCCUCUAUUUUGGUGCAUUUUCUCAUCAAGCCGUCUCACAGUGUUUAUCUCUUUUAGGGGACCUCCGGAUGGGAAUUUACUUAAAAAUAAAGCCAAGAACAAUGUUUAUAACUCAAGUUCUAGGCACGCUGAUGGGUACAUUCGUUAAUUAUAUCGUAAUGGUAUCGAUUGUGAACAGUAAGAGAGAUAUUCUGUUGACGAACAACGGAUCCGGUCAAUGGUCUGGUCAAUUCUUCCAAUCCUUCAACCUGCAAGCAACAGUAUGGUCACUGGCAAGUGACUUAUACACCGUAGGCAAGCCGUAUGCGAUUGUUCCGUUUGGUAUUUUGAUUGGCAUUGGCUGCGUUGCAAUUCAACGAAUCAUCUUUCAAUUUUGGCCAAGAAUUGGUAGAGUCGACGUAAGCUUCAUCAAUUUACCAAUGAUAUUUAUGUAUAUGGGAUGGUUCUCACUUCAAACACAGACGUGUGUCAUUUUAUCAAUCGUUCUAGUUGGCCUUUUUGUGCAAGGCUAUUUACGAACAUACAAACCGGAAAUUUUCAAAAAGUAUGCUUAUCUCGUUCCUGCCGGAUUGGACGGUGGCUCGUUGCUGGUCAUCUUUGUUCUCAGUUUCGCAGCUUACGGUGCUGCAGGUACGGCCAAACCUUUCCCGAAUUAUGCUCUCAAUCCAGCAAGUGGAUUUGUUGAUCGAUGUCCGGAUCCUUCGGCGUAA